AACUUUCCAUACGAAAUGGGAGAAAAGAUCGAUUUUGGAGAAGAGAUAUCACCAUGGACAUUGUAUGAAGGGAAAAAAAUUAAUGGAGGUGAAAAAGUCUCAAUAUUUAUUUGCGACAUUAGCAAAGUUGGCACUGAUCAGGGUAAUGUUGCCAAAGCUGAUUACAAGCGUAUUAAAACGACGAGACAUCCUAACGUUUUGAAAUAUAUCGACGGACUAGAAACUGAUGGUAAUAUUUCGCUGGUAACGGAACAUGUCGUACCGUUAAUCGAUUACGUUAAUGAAGAAAGCGAUCGCAAUGAAUAUGAAAUUUCUUGGGGACUAUAUCAGAUACUAAAAAUUGCAUCCUUUCUCAAUAUCGAUUGCAAAAUAAUCCAUAAUAACAUCACUAUAAAUUCCAUUUUCGUCGAUAAAUUUGGCGACUGGAAACUGGGCGGUUUUGGUUUUGCUCAUAAUAAUGCUGAGCCAUCAACCUUAAUACCGACAAAAGUCUUCCCAGCUCUCAGUAAAUAUAAGCAUUACUUUCAAGACGAAGGGAAAACUGAAUGUUGGUCAAAUGAUAUACAAUCUAUAGGCAGUCUUAUUUGGGAAUUAUUCAAUGGACCUUUAUCGGAAUCAUCCUCAUUGAGUAAUACUAUGAAGAUCCCAAAAUUAUUAAUAACGCAUUAUCGAAAAAUGAUAAGUCCGAAACCUCAUUUACGUCCAAGCCCGCGCCAACUAAUCGACCAUUGCAGAUCUGAUGGUGGCUUUAUGAAGAAUAGUUAUGUAGACACUAAUCUAUUCUUAGAGGAAUUACAGCUCAAAGAUACAGACGAAAAAACGGCAUUCUUUAAAUCCUUAAACGAUCAUGUAGAUGAAUUUCCUGUCAAAUUUUGUAAACAAAGGUUGCUACCACAAUUAAUUAAUGCUUUUGAGUUUGGCGGGGCUGGAUCCGCAGUUCUACAGCCCUUAAUAAAGAUUGGACGUCAUCUAACAGAUGAGGAAUAUCAAGAAAAAGUUAUACCGUGUAUUAUUAAGUUGUUUUCAUCGCCAGAUCGAAGCACUAGGAUUAAUCUGUUACAGCAGAUGGAAUUUUUUGCCAAAUAUCUAAAUCCAAAAGUAGUCGACUCACAAAUAUACCCCCAAUUGGCUACGGGCUUUACCGAUACUGUACCGGCAUUAAGAGAGGAAACAAUAAAAUCUAUGGUUCUGCUCGUUCCCAAAUUAUCGGAAUCAACUAUUUCAAAGGAUUUACUAAAGCAUUUUGCUAUACUACAACAAGAUGAACAAUCUAGUAUUAGGACUAAUACUACGAUUUGCUUGGGAAAAGUUGCCUGUCACUUCAGUGAAGCCACUCGCCAGCGGGUUCUGGCAACAGCUUUUUUACGUGCUAUGCAAGAUCCAUUCCCACCUGCUCGCAUUGCUGGCAUUCUCGGAUUUGCUGCAACUAAAUCUUACUACUCGCAAAAGGAUAUCGCGGAAAAAAUUCUUCCUAACUUAUGCUCGAAAACUUUAGAUUCUGAUAAGUCAGUAAGAGAUCAGAUUUUUGCAAGUAUUCGACAGUUUCUAGCUAUUAUGGAAAGCUAUUCAGAGCAGAUGAAAAGGGAACCUACUGAAAAUGGUACCGUAAAUGACGAUCAAGGACUCGCCGCAACUGCUGCAGGGGCUGCCUCUUCCUGGGCUGGUUGGGCUGUAAAUUCGCUAGCGUCUAAAAUAAUUACGAAAGGCCCU